UCCAUUGAAAGUUUUAUGCAGUCGCUACCAUAGGCCCGUGCCUGUCGGUCCUGGUGCCCGUAUGUCUCUCUCCUUCUCCCGACGCUUGGGUGGAGCUACGUGGAUGGUAAACGUGAGAGGCGUGGAGUGAAGAAACGCUUCGCUGCCGUACAUGUCAGUCAGCCUUCCUGGUACAAUGACAGAUGGGGAUGCAAAUCGCCCGGGCAGGCUAGGGUGAGAGCGCGCCACAGUAGCCGUCCUGCAGGCCUGGUCUCUCCACACGGCCGAACUCGCUCCUCCAGGACGGUACUGUUGUGGACGGUGGCAACUUAUUCCUCAAGAUGGAAUUCUCCGUGGUCCACGCAAUCUGUGCUAGCUUAGUCUUCGUUACAGGACCAGUAGAGGCGAAUUCUCAGUCGUCCAUCGGGCUGACCAUCCCAAAGACAGUGUCCACCAUCGUGAGCGACCCUGCAACUCUACCUGCCACCUUCAGAACUGGCCACCGUCUUCUGUCCAUCGUCUGGUACAAACUAGACUCAACGGACAAGUCCAAAAGGACGCUGGUCUACUCCUACUACCCGGCGGCCGGUACCAGGGAGGCGCACGGUGACUUCAACGGCAGAGCCAGUCUAGCAGGCAAGGCCUCCCUCCGGAUCGACAGGACAACCGAAAAGGAUGACGGGACAUACGUGCUCGCCAUCAUGGUGGAAGGAGUUGGGAACGAGGAGGGCUUCGUUAAGCUUUCCAUCCUGGUUCCACCUCGUGUGAACGUGGGCCCUUCCAACCCUUACGUCACGGCGUGGGGCCGGUCAGCCACCCUGACCUGUGGGGUACGGGGCGCCAAGCCCAACAUCACCUCCCUGCACUGGAAAAAAGACGGCGAGAGGAUCGUCAGUCGGCCGCUGGACGCCAAGUACUCGGGCGGGAACAUGCAGAAACCCAACCUGCAGAUCCGGCACAUGACCCGCGCUGACGCCGGCACCUACACCUGCGUGGCGGACCACAUGGUCCGGUCUACCAGCGCAAGUCUGGUCGUCGAUGUACUCUAUCCCGCCUCCAUUAUCAGUAUCUCAGAGUCUGUGACGGCCACGGUGUCAGACAGCGUCACUCUGCAGUGUGUGGCAGACGGCAACCCUCCUCCUAACAUCACGUGGACCAAGGACGGCAGCCGCCUCCGCAGCGUACACUCUGCACUUACAGGCGACGUCCGCAUGGGGUCGUACUUGAUCAAAUCGGUGCAGGCAAACGAUACCGGGACGUUUCUGUGCACUGCCGAGAACGACAUCGGAGAAAGCAGCACCAAAUCUCUCAGCUUAACGAUCAAACAACUCAGGCGAAGGGUAGCCACGUCCACCAUCGCUGUAGUUGUUGGAGCGACCGCUGGGGGGCUCUGGUUAGUAGUCUGCGUGGGACUGGCCGUGUACGUGGCCAGACGCCGCAAACGGAAGGAGGAGAAGAAAAAGUUUGCCUUCUACUACAACAUGGGGAGGAGGGAUCCUGGCAAUGGAGACGAUAGACUGGAGGAAGACAAGGAGCCGCCGCCGUACUCAUCUGUACCAGCCAAACCUACAAGCAAGACGCCAAGCUACGGUGGCAUCAACACUAUGAGAAAGUCCUUGGGGAAGAAAGAGAGGAGAUACGCACGCGCGAUGUACGCCUACCGUCCGCGGGAAGAUAACGAACUGCGCCUGGAGACUGAUGACGUCAUCGAGGUGCUGGAGGGGGAAGAUGGCGGCUGGUGCCUGGGUUACCUGAGGGGCAGGAUAGGCCUGUUCCCCUCCAACUACGUCAAGUUUAUCUCCUCAAGCGAAGUGUUGGCCAUGAAGGCCGGAGGACCUUGCCAAACCCUAGCCCUACAGGAGUCCGUAGGGUCAAAACGGAGCAUCUGAUAAACAUGCUGAUUACACGGGAGCGUUUUCUGGAUGGGGCACUAUCUUCUGACUGGCUGAGUGGGUUUGGUGUACAUAUUAUAACACUGGAUCUGGGGCAACGGGAUCCCACAGAAUCUGCUUGAAGAUCUGGAAAAUCAUCGAGGAAAAACUUGGCGAUCAUCUCUGCCAGAUCUAGCAAGAUCCGGAGACUAGGGAUGAAGUGUUGAUGUUUAGUCAUUUUUACGGAACUGACACGAAAGGAUGUUUCUUCACGGCACCACCGUAGUAUAAUCGCCAUAUCGUACUGAACAUUGGCCUUGGAAUAUAUCUAGGAUUCAUCUUUCAUGGCAACGGGAUCCUCGACGGAAUCCAAUACAUUUUCGUCUCACUGCAUUUGCUACGAAGACUGGUUGUCUCUUGUGUAGAUAAAAUACACGGACGGACACAGAAGAUGAGUUAGCUAUCUUAUCUAGGAGCGUCAGUAGCCGAUGGUAAAUGGUACCUGUCCUAUGUGAAGCUGUCCAUAGAAUAGAAAACGCCAUCAGAUACUUUAAUUUCGCCCAGGAAUCGAUUUUGCACAUCCUCGUAUUUGGAAACGUCACGAAAAGAAGCCCACAAAGUAGUCGUGUUGACGUAUAGAGUAACUAUGAAAGUCUUAACUACUAAAAUGCUACGUAUUUUCUGUAUAUACUACCUAUUUGUACUGUACGGUAUCAACGUUUAUAUCACUGACUGUUGUUAUCUUAUCAUAUUGUAGCAGGUAGCGAUAAAUUUCUGUAAUCUGAUUUAUCUCUGAGGCGAUAAGCUUACUUUUCCUGAGCAAGAUAAA